AGUCCAAAUGCUGAGAUCGUUGGUGAAGCAGCGACUAACUGCGGCUGCUGAAGAUAUAUUUGGGCUGUUUGAAAGAACGAUAGCAGAGUACGAGGAGGAACUUUGUCGAUCAAAAGAGGAGAACGAGCGACAACGGAAACUACUGGACGCUGUUUUCAACCCUCAGCUUCGGUUACACAGAGCAGACGUCCAGCAGCUGUCAGUGGUUAAAGAAGAGGUUCCCCCUGAGCAGCAGGAGUGGAGCUCCAGUGUGGACCAGGAGGACCCAGAGCCUCCACACAUUAAAGAGGAAAAGGAGAAACUCUGGAUCAGUCAGGAGGGAGAGCAGCUUCAAGGGCUGGAGGAGGAUGAUGUCAUAAAGUUCACAUUCUCUCCUGUCCCUGUGAAGAGUGAAGAUGAUGAAGAGAAACCUCAGUCCUCACAGCUUCAUCAAAGACCAACUGAACAGAUGGAAAUAGAAGUUGAAAUUGAGGACUGUGGAGGACCAGAACCAGCCAGGAACUCAGAUCCAGAUACACAUUUACAACCUGAGGCUCGUGACAUCACUGUAGAGUCUUCUGAACCUGAGACUGAUGAAAGUGUUGAUGAUUGGACGGAGACCGGAGAACCCAAGUCAGGUUUAAACUCUCAGAAAAAUGAUGAAGUCUCUGACAGUGAUUGGACAUGUACUGGUUGUGAGAAACGAUUUUGCUGCUCUGAGUGUGGGAAAAGAUUUGGCCGCAGGACAGAUCUGAAGAGACACAUGAGAACUCAUACAGGAGAGAAACCAUUCAGCUGCUCAGUUUGUACAAAGUCUUUUACACAAAGGGGACAAUUACAGAGACACAUGAACACUCACACAGGAGAAAAACCUUUCAGCUGUUCAGUUUGUAAGAGAGGUUUUAAUGAGCGUGGAGGUUUACAGAAACACAUGAGAAUCCAUACAGGAGAGAAACCUUACAGCUGCUCUGUGUGUGGGAAAAGAUUUCGCACUAAAUCACCUCUGAAGAGACACAUGAGCAUUCAUACAAGAGAAAAACCCUUUAGAUGCUCAGUUUGUAAGACAUGUUUUACAGAGAGUGUAGAUUUACUGAUACACAUGAGGAGUCACAUCGGAGAGAAACGUUUUAGCUGCUCUGAGUGUGGGAAAAAAUGUUCCACCAGGUCAGAUCUGAAGAGACACAUGAGCACUCAUACAGACGAGAGAUCUUUCAGCUGUCCAGUUUGUAAGAAAUCUUUUAAACAGGGUGGACAUUUACGGGUACACAUGAGAAGCCACACUGGAGAGAAACCAUUCCGCUGCUCAUUCUGUAACAAAUCUUUUUCACAGAGUGCAAGCUUACAGAAACACAUUGGAGGCCACACAGGAGAGAAACCAUUCAGCUGCUCAGUUUGUAAGAAGUCUUUUACAUAUCGUGGACAGUUAGAAACACACAAUAAAACCCACACAGGAGAGAAACCAUUCAGCUGCACAGUUUGCAAGAAAUCUUUUUCACUGAAUGGAAUAUUACAGAAACACAUAAUGAUCCACACAGGAGAGAAACCUUACAGCUGCUCUGAGUGUGGCAAAAGAUUCCUUCGCAAACAAACCUUAAUUCAUCACACGAGAACCCACACAGGAGAGAAACCUUACAGCUGCACCGUGUGUGACCAAAGAUUCACUUGGUCUAAACAGCUCAGAAACCACCAGUGUGUUGGAUGUCAGUCCUCACAGUCUCAUCAAACUCAGACUGAGGAGAACAGAGAGGCAGAGCCUUCAGCCAGCAGCUCAGCUGAACAGAUAAAAGCAGAACCUGAUGGAGAGGACUGUGGAGGACCAGAACCAGCCAGGAGCUCAGAUCCAGAUACACAUUUACAACCUGAGACUGAGGACAAGCCUGGAGACUUUUUUCAACUUGAGAUUGAACACUGGUGAUGAUUGAAAGGAGAUCACAGAACCUCUGUCAGGGAUAAACUCUCUGAAAAAUGGUGAAGUCCCUGUGCGUCGCAUGACACCUGCUACUGGCAAAAAAAAAAAAAAAA